AUGCACAUGUGUAUGCAUUUAUUACCCAUGGACAGUUCGAUGCAAUAUGAUGCUUUACGAGCUUUUUUGAAGCACGAGAAUAUAUUAAGCAACGUGUGGAUCGGCUUAGUGAGGAGCCAUAAGAAUGGAGCUUUUACAUGGGCAGGCACUUACCGAACACUUUCUGGAGACGGUUACUGGGCUGAAGCUCUGCCUAAGACAUCGGCGCCUCUAUGUGCUACUGCAGACCCCGCAAGGGACUACCGAUGGCACGCACGCCACUGCGGCGGUGCCGAAGUUGCUUCUUUCGUAUGCGAACUCAAAGUUCCCGAUUGGACAAAAGAAUGCACUGUUUCGACUAUGACCGGUAUACAGUACGCUUACCUUCCGGAAGAAGUCGCCGUCCAACUUGAAGUAAAAUGCCCACUCGAUGAAGAUGGAUUAAGAAAAGUUCGUUGUCAAGGCAGACAGGACCGCAAGGCUAUGGAGAAGCAGCUAGCAUGUGUUCCAGAAGCCGGAGAUAUCUUAGACAAUAUGAUUCCUCAGUCAUCUGGAUCCGGUAAAGUAACUACCAAGGCUCCAACCGUCCCCAAAACUUGGCGCUAUACUUCUAUCGCAAGUCUCGAAGACGGACCUCAAACCAGACAUCGCAGAGAAGCCGAUGUAGCUACUCCUUCAGAAGCAGAUGCCACUUGGAGCAGUACUUAUCGUAGCACAUCUGUAGAUGAGAAAUCGAAGCCCUAG